AUGGAGGGGACGACGCAGAUUGUGUCCAUCGUCGGGCAGCUGGUGGGGGAGGAGUACCGGCAGCUCCGCGAUGUAGCCGGCCAGGUGGCUGAGCUCAGGGACGAGCUGGACACCAUGAACGCCAUCCUCCGCAUGCUGUCCGACGCCGACGAGAGCGCCGUGGACCACUUCAUCCGGGCGUGGAUGAAGCAGGUUCGCGAGCUCGCAUACGACGCGGAGGAUUGUGUUCACCUUUACAUCCUCCGCAUCCGUUGCCGGCCGAGAGACGGCUUCCUCGUCUGGUCCAAGCGCAUCCUCACGACGCUCUUCACUCGCCGUCGGCUGGCUCGUGAGAUCCAGGAGCUCCGCGCCCGUGCUGUCGUGAUCAGUGAGCGUCAUGCGCGUUACGGCGUCAGCCGUAAGGCGCUGAGCCGCUCUACAUCUCCUUCUACCUCUGCGCCAGUGCUCCGCCAUGCGCGCAGCCUGGCAGCAAACGACCGUGACCAUCUCGUGGGCAUCACGGAGCAGGCUACCGAACUGGCCACGAUGGUUAAGGCUGUGAUUAACAGUGAGCGUGACAUGAAGCCCAAGGUGUUCUCCAUCGUGGGGUUCGGGGGGCUGGGGAAGACUACGCUGGCGAUGGAGGUGUGCCAGCAGCUGGAGGCGGACUUCCAACGCCAAGCACAAGUUUCCGUGUCCCAGGCGUUCCGCGGCACAAAGGAUAUGGAGGGACUGCUGAGGCGCAUGCUUCGUCAAAUCGUGAAGCCAAAAGUAGACAACGCGCAAGGUGUCAAGGAAGAAGAACCCCUAGAUGACAUCGACAACAAGGAUGAAGACGACCUCACUAACAUGCUCAAGGAACUUCUGAAGGACAUGAGGUACCUCAUUGUGGUGGACGAUGUAUGGACAGUAGCAACAUGGGAUGCAAUCAAAUACAAGUUGCCAGAGAACAACCAAGGGAGCCGGAUCAUUGUGACCACUCGGAUAGAUACUGUGGCUGCAGCAUGCAGUGGUGCUAGCAGUGUUAAUGAAAAUUGUGUUUAUCAGAUUAAGCCCCUCAGUUUGGAAGACUCCAAGAAGUUGUUCCUCAGCAGAGUAUUUGGUCCCAAGGUUGCCUCUUGCCCCAAGGGUCUGGUAGUUGAAAUGCACAAAAUUUUGAAAAAAUGUCGUGGACUUCCAAUGGCAAUUAUUAGCAUCACAGGCCUCUUGGCAAGCUACCAAUCAUCGGAGAGCAAGGAUAUGUGGGAAAGAGUUCACAAGUCGAUUGGUUCUCACAUGGAGAGCCACCCUACCCUUGAGGGGAUGAGGCAAAUAGUUACUCUCAGCUAUAACCACCUCCCUCAUUACCUUAAGGGUUGCAUGAUGUACCUCAGCAUUUUCCCAGAGGAUUAUGUCUUCGCCAAAGAUCGUCUCCUGAAGAGAUGGAUAGCAGAAGGACUAGUUACUGAGGUCCGAGGUUUGACCUUAAUGGAGGUUGCAGAAGCCCACUACAAUGAGUUGGUGAGUAGAAGCAUGAUUGAUCGGUCCAGUGAUGUAGUCACCUUCUAUGAUGGGAGGUUGGAGAUGUGCCGGGUGCACGACAUGAUGCUUGAGGUCAUGGUGAACAAAUCCCUGGAGUGUAACUUUGUUAGCCUAGUAGGUGGUCCAUACAAAGGGGUGGCGUAUGAUAGGAUUCGCCGCCUAUCCAUCCAUGGUGGCGAAGAGAUAGAGGGCUCUCCAUCUAACAGAACUGCAGCAUGUCUUAGUAAGAAAAAUGGCAUCGAGGGGGUGAAGAUGGAUCAUGUCCGAUCGUUGAGCCUAUUUGGCCCCGAUGAUCACAGAAUCGUGCUUACUCGUUUAGGCAAGUUCGCCCUGCUCAGGGUGCUUGACCUGGAAGACUGCAUGGGCCUAGAAAACAAGCAUUUGAGACAUGUCUGCCGGAUGUACCUGCUAAGAUUUUUGAGCAUGAAAGGUACAAAUAUCGAGAAGAUGCCUCCAGAAGUCGGUGACCUAGAGAAUUUGGAGACCCUUGAUCUACGUCACACGCUCCUGGAAGAUCUACCAGAAACUGUGUCAAAGCUAGAGAAACUUGAACACCUGCAAAUCAACAACAGGCGUUACUUUUACGGUGAUAGUUGGACUGCACGCAAGGGCCUGCAUAGGAUGAAGGCACUACGGACGGUGAAUGAAGUGGUUUUUAAAUGUGAUGUCGAUGCUGCAAAAGAGCUCGGUGAAUUACAACAGUUGAGAGAUUUACGUAUGGCCAUUGUCAGCGACCCCCCUAAUGAGGAAGCUAAGAAAAAGCUUGCUAAGUCCCUGAGCAAGUUAUAUUCCCUCCGGUGGCUCAACAUUAGUGACCGCGGUCCGGACAAGGAUGUAUUGAACUUUCUGCAUAAUGUCAAGCCGCACCCGCCGUACCUCCAGUAUCUCAGGAUCGGCUCCCACAUUGACAAAUUGCCCGAGUGGGUCGAGUUUCUGCAUGAUCUUGUCGAGCUUUCUGUUGCUUAGACAUACUUUGGUGGUGACCAACUGUUCAGCCCAAUAUGUAAUCUGCCCAAGCUGAAGUACUUAGACUUGGACGCGUAUUGCUACGAGGAUAAAGAGCUGGUUGCACAAGCUACCCAGAGCUUUCCGGCGCUCAAGGACCUGUACCUGAAAUUUGAGAAUGGAGCUGUGGAAGUUCUCCGAUUUGAGGAAAGAUCAAUGGCAAAACUUGAGUCACUCAGAGUGAGAUUCGCAACCACAGAUUCUAAGAGCGUAACUGGCAUCGAGCAUUUGACAAGCCUUAAAGAGGUGCAGCUCAUUGGUAGGAAAAACAACUCUUCAUUGGACGAUACAGUGGGGCAGCUAAAGGUACUAAAUGCGAAGCGCCCAAAUCAGCAGCUCAAGGUUGCAGUGAGAUACGAGUGAUCACUCUGUUUUGCCACUCUGCUUGCUUGCCGGAGGUUCAUUAUUUGUUUCACAAGUGUUGCUUAUGCAGAUUUUCUUAGAACCUGCUUGCUUUCCUACUGUCUUGGUGUGAUUUGCUUCUUGUCCUGUUAGGCUGUUCCUCUGAAGUUUCAGAAUUGUGUUUGUGAAAAGAAUUGUUA